UAAUGUCUCAACUCUUUUAAAUUCGACGAAUGAAAAACCGUUUUGUCUCUUGAGUUUCGACACGCAUUGAAAAUCGCAUUACACCUCCUCGGCAUGUAAACAAACUUCAAAACGCGCGAUUGCAUACGAGUUGACGCGAGUGCAAAUGUGAUAAAACGUGAUCAAACGUGAUCGUGCGUUUUGAGACCUUUUACGGAUAUUAUACGAUUAUUGGAGGUUAUACGCACAAAACGAGCCGACCAUGAAUUUGAACGGGUUAAAGCUGUUAAAGAAACCCGACCCGCAAUCUGCAUAUCCACAGGGAGUGCGAUGCCAAAAGUGUCUGGAGAUGGGACACUGGAGUUACGAGUGCAAAGGCAAGAGGAAGUACCUGCAUAGAUCUUCUCGCACUUCGCAGUUGAAGAAGGCUAUGAUAAAGCAAGAGAAUGGUGAUGAUCAAAAGCAAGAUAAGGAAACAAAGUAUCAUCACAACAGCAAGAAAAUAAAGAUGGAGGAAUUCAGCAUUUCAAGCAACUGGAGCAGUUGUAGCACCUCCAGUAGUGAUAGCAGUAUGAGUAGUAGUAGUAGUAGUAGCAGCAACAGCAGCAGCAGCAGCAGCAACAGCAGUGGUAGUAGUAGUUCCUCAGACAGCGAAUCGGAUUCUAGCGAUAGUGUGUCGAGUAGCAGCAAUAGCAGUACUAGUACUAGUAACAGCAGUCAUAGUUCCUACAAAAAGAAAUAACAUAGAUGCUAUUGAGUGAAG